UCAAUAUUAUUUGAAUUUUUUUUUUUUAUCAAAAAACGGUUUAAGUUUUUGAUACUGGUUUAAAAUAGUAAUUUAUUAGCAAAUACUAAUUUUAAAUCCUGUGGUGGUAGUACUCCAAUCAUAGAAAAAAGAUGAAGACUCCAGUCCUGUGUAUCGUGUCCUCGUGUCUGGCCCAGACUAUUUCUUAUUGUUAUUAAUUGUAUGGAUCUUUAGUUUUUAAAGAAAAAUAAUAGUUAUAUUAUUAUCGUUUUAUUGUACAAGAGUACAUGAUUAAUUUUAAAGCGAUUUAUUAUGGAAUGUAAUGUACGUGAAAUAAGCAAUGCCGUCAUGAUAGAAUCACUGGAUGCUAUAAUUCAACAAGAAAGUAGGAAACUCGAAAUGGAUAAAAACACUGGGUUGCUAGCUAAGAAAUCAAUAGUCAUUAAGGAACAAAAACAAUCGAUGAAAGAAAAUGAAAAUAUAAUCGAACAAAAUUUACCUCUCUUUAAAGCUUUAAAAAACCAUUCGUCUAAACAGAAUCAGUCGUGUAACAGAGUGAAUGAAAUCGAAAGGUUGGCGAACUUAUUUACACAAUCGCCUAGUUUCUUUACAAAGGAUAACAGUAACCAUUGUAUUGAUGUCAAACAUAAUCAAGUAUUAUUAGAGGACAUAAUGCCUAUAAAAGCACACAAUGAAGUCAAUAAGUAUAAAGCUAAGCCAAUAAAUAGGGAAAACACAAAAGAUUUAAUUUCCCCAGGUAUCAAGGUGAGAAGAAAUGUACGAUUUGGAGAAUAUUCACCGCUUAAUCCAGCCAAUCAAGUGGAUUCACAACCUUUCUUAGGAAUUGGAGAAUAUGAUGAUAAGAAAAAAAAACUGUUAGAGUUACAAAGGAAGGAAUAUGUAGAAUAUUUAUCAAAGGUAAAACAAGAUAAGAAUACUUCAGAUUUACCAAAACUAGCUGGUUAUUCAUGUGAAGAAGCAUUUAAAACUGCCAUGGAAAAUAAUAACAGUUCUGACCAAGUAGAAAGCAAAGAAGUUUUCAAUCAGAAAGCGAUGAUACAACAAUCGACCUUUAUAGAUGGAGCUGAAUCAUGUGCAUCUGAUGAAGAAAGGAAAAAGGAAACUAAUAGAUUAAAACAAGAACUUUAUAGAUUGGAUUUAAGUAAACAGAUAGAAGAGAAAAGAAGGUUGGAACUAGAACAAAAACGUAAAGAUCAAUUGGAAGAUGAAGCCAUUGAAAGAAUGGCAAGGGAACAGGAAGAAAAAAUGAAGAUGGAGUUUGAGAAAGAAAAUGAGAAACGAACUUUGGCACAGCUCCAGAAACAACUUCAACAAGAAAAGUUAAAAAAUGAAAUAAUUCAAAAGCAAAAAGACUUGGAAUCAAAAUCAUGGAACAUGCCAUCCGAAACUGUCUCCCGACAAUUAUCAAAACACGUACCAAGUCGCCAUGAAUCGUUUGAAGACAAUGAUACAGAAGAGUUUCACUGUCCCCCUCAGAGUACUUUUGACAAUGUACCUUUACCAACUACACGUGUUCGAGCUCCUAGAAAAAUGGUUUAUGAUGAAGAUGACACAUCUGUAAACAGAAAAACUUUGAGAGACGUUUCAUGCAACACAGAUGCAUUUAAAAAUCCAUGUGUGAACCAGAACAUUUCCCCUCCAGUAAUGAGUCAAAAAAUGGAAAGAGCUCAUGUGACUUUUGCAAGUGAUCCUCCUAUGAAUAGAACAGAGUAUAAUCCUGCAGCUCUACUACCAGUAACAAAAUCUGUGAUCAUAGAUUCACCACUUACACUUGCAUUGGCUGGAUUACGUGACAGUGAAGAAGAUGAUAGAACUUGUGAAGCUAUUGAGCCUACUGAAGCAGCAUAUAGAAAUCAGGUUGAUUCUCAAUGGUAUUAUCACCGUAAAUACUAAAUAAUGUCUCAAGAGAUGCAAAAUAUGGAAAUAAUCACGAGUUGCCGACUGAUAAACACUUAUUAUCAAACUUAGGAAAUAUAAGGAAACAACUAGAUAUAGAACAUCAAAAGUUAAAACAACAAGUUCGAAGAUCCCAAUAAAUUGAAUUUCGACUGUACAGAAUAGUUACACAAACUUUGUAUUUUAUAUUAAAAAGAAAGAUAUAUAAUUUUUCAUUCAUCAAAAUAUAUUAACAUAAUUACAUGAUA